AUGAAAGCUAUCGAUCCCGAUCCAUUGAAUGGUACAGAUGAUGAAACAUCAUCCACACCUCCAUCAAAACAACAGCAACAAUCUGGUUCAGCAUUGGGCGUAUCAAGUGAUGAACAAAAAGAAGUUUUUAAUCUCACAUCGACAACAGAAAAAUCACCAGUAUCUAAAAGACGAAAAACUCAAAGUUCUAUUCCAUCACGUCAGAAAAAGACACCUAAAAAAUCGACGACAAUAAGUGUUCAAACAGAAUGGACAUGGAAAGAUAUGGAAAUGCUUGAACAAUAUCGAAUUCGAGAAGAACAACCUGAGCCAGUACCUGUCGAAGAAGAUGAACGUGAAGAAUUAGAACAAGAAGUUAUUGUUGAACUAGAAGUACCAAUUCCAAAAAUUUCCGAAUCACCUGAACAAGCUGAAUCGACUACUAGUUCAUUACCUGAAUUGCCAAUUUUAACAUCUGUUGGACCACCACCUAUUUUACAGUAUAAUCCUGAAUCCAAACAAAAAUUAUUUGACAUACCUCGAACAAAUGAACAAGCCAUUGAAACAGAAUUACGUGAAUUAGGUGUACAUAUUCAUGGACAUAUUCCAUGUGAAUUUUGUGGUCAACAGUUACUUAAAUGGCCAACAAUUGUUGAACAAGAAAAAUUUGCACCAAGUCAAUUAUUUUGUUGUAGUGAGUAUCGUGAAUUUGUUGAAGCUGUACUUGAAAUGCAAAAAGAAGAGAAUCAAAAAAUUGAUUCAAAACAAAUUGAUAUACAACCACAUGCUAAAGUUCGUAGCCGACGAGCUCGACAAUUAGCUGAAGAACGAGCAAAAACAAGAGUUUGGGAACGUCAUAUGGCAGAACAAAAACGACUUGAAGAACAAGCACAAAAAUUAGCACAUGCUGCACAAUCAAAAUCUAGUGAUCUACGACGUCAAGCACAUAGCAAUGCAACACGGAAACAUAAUACAAUCACAGCAACAAACAGAUUGAAUGAUGGAGGAACAUCGAUUGAUGCAACUGAAAGAAGGGCACAACAAUUAACUUCAUAUCGUGGUGUUUCAUCAAGGGCUAGUAGUUCACCAUCACCGAGUACUGCUGAGCCGGGCUCGGCUAUGGCAGCAAAAAUGAGAACUCUAACAUAUCAAUUAUCAAAUUUAAAGUUUGUUGAAGAAGGUUGGACAUUACAAAGACCACCUGAUUUUGAAAUAAGUUCAGAUGAGGAUUCUGAAGAUGAAGAACAUAUAAUUGUACCAAGAGAUCUUUCAUCCUCAAUACUUAAAAAAUAUGAAAGACCAUUAAUUCAAAGAUUUUAUAAAGACGGAUCAAAAGCAGCUAUUCUUUUUCCAAAUGGAACAGGCUGUGUUUAUUAUCCGUCGGGUAAUACGGCUAUUAGUAUCUCAGAAGUUGCUCGCGCUAUGCUUUUAUAUACUGCAUUUACUGAUGAGCCAACACUUUCAGCAAAACAAUUAGCACAAUUUGAUCCAUUUGGAAAUGGUUAUUGUAAUUUUAUGAAUGGAGAUUUAAGAUUACAAUUGACAGCACUUGAAGGUGUAGAAUUAAAUGUUGAUGGCAGUCGACGACGUCGUUGGAAUUGGUGGACAAAAGUGAAUACAUCUCUCGAACCACACGUACAUGCACCACCAUUUCAACCAAUAUUAUUUCAUUUAAAUAAAGAAAUUGUUAUAAAGAUAUGUUCACAAGAAAAACUUUAUAUGAAAUUUUCUACUGAACUUAUUGAACUUAAAUUUAAAGUUGGUGCUAGAUUACAAGUAAAUAAUGUGAAUAAUUUACCAUCAACACAAAAAAGUGAUCCAUAUGAAAAUCUUUUAAAAAAGAAAAAUAUUAUUUUAACACGUUUAUUAAAAAAUAUUCAAUAUGAAGCCCAACAAUAUAUUAGAAGUGAAGAACAACUACGAACUUCUCAACAAACAACUAUAAUUAAUCUUCAACCACAACAUCGUACAAAACAACCAAUUAAAAAAAGUCUAUUUCCACCUAUACGGCAAAAUGAAGAGAAAAUUCAAAAUAAUCGAAAAAUUUAUCGUAGUGUCAUUGUCACGUAA